CUUGAACCCACCUGUAAGAAAGCGUGGUAGCAAACCGAUAAACGGCGCGGCGCGGAGGCGGGCAGAAGCGUCUCCAUCCGGUCGCGUACUAUUUUUUGGGGGGGGGGGUAGAGAUGCUGGUGGAAGGGGGCUGAGACGGGGCUAGCGGAGUUUCGGCGUUACCUCCUUUAAAGCACGGCAAGCAAUUUACAUGAUCAGUUAGGGCCCGAACCCCCCCUUCCCCCCCCCCCUAAGCCGGGGGUCCGCUCACCAAAACAAUAAAACGUUCAGAAGCGGCGCGGCUCGCGACCGCCUGUCACAAGACGGAACGGUCGGAUGUCGGAGAAUCAGUCGUCACGUCACGUCGUUAUCUCUUAACAAGCGAACAACGCUUAUACGGAAGAUGGCGGGCGAGUCAGCUAGCUCGGAACUUGACUGACCAUGAGAGCUUCUAUCGCGAAAGAUCGUGAAACGCGUCGGAGUAGCGUCGGAGGCGGGGGCGCCCCGUGACCGCUCGUCCUAACGGUACGAGAGGAGUCUGCGACAGCCUGCGACUCGAUUUACGACAAGACGCGCGGAGAAGGAAUCGCGGCGGACCGGGACGCCUCGUCCAAGUGGCUCUUCGUUGUCGCCGUUGAAGUCCGUAUCUGUUCUUCCGUAUCUUUUUCUUUUUUUCUUUUUCUUUCUCAACCGAGGGCCGUCGCUACCCACCUACCCACCCGCCCUAUGCAUUCGCCUACGCCGGGUUUGACAUCCUGAGAGGCGGAGAGGGAGACACGGCAGCCCCGGGGGUCCCCGCGAGUCGUGGAGAGACUAUCGCUGAAAUGAGAUGAGGCUCAGAAAUGGGACGGUGGCCACUGCGAUCAUCUUCUUCACCUCCUUUCUCAGCUUGUCCUGGUACACGGCCUGGCAGAAUGGCAAAGAGAAGCUGAUAGCAUACCAGCGGGAGUUCCAUGCCCUCAAAGAGCGCCUCCGUGUGGCCGAGCACAGGACGCUGCAGCGCUCGUCAGAGCUGAACAACAUUCUGGAGCAGUUCAGACGCGCUAUCGCUGAGACUAACGGGAGCAAAGAUGCUAUCACCAACUUCUCAGAUGAAACACAGAAGCUGCUGAAAGAGCUGGCCAAUCGGAAACCUCUACAGGUGCCAAAUAUCUACCAUCACCUGCCUCACCUACUCAACAAUGAGGGCAGUCUACACCCCGCCGUGCAGGUUGGCUUAGGCCGCACCGGAGUCUCCAUGGUGAUGGGGAUCCCCACGGUGAAGCGGAAGGUGAAGUCUUAUCUGUCAGAGACUCUGCGCUCCCUCAUUGACAAGCUGUCACCCGAGGAGAAGCUGGACUGUGUCAUCAUCGUUUUCGUCGGGGAGACUGACGUUGACUACGUCCAGAGUGUGGUUGCCGGCUUGGAAAAGGAGUUUUCUACCGAGUUGAGUUCAGGCCUGCUGGAGGUGAUCUCCCCCCCAGCCGCCUAUUACCCUGACCUCAGCAACCUCAAAGAGACCUUUGGGGACUCCAGGGAGAGGGUUCGAUGGCGGACCAAACAGAACUUGGAUUAUUCCUUUCUCAUGAUGUAUGCAGUCAGCAAAGGGGUCUAUUACGUCCAGCUGGAGGACGACAUUGUGGCCAAGCCCAAUUACUUCGCCACCAUGAAGAACUUUGCCCUGCAGCUCUCCUCGGAGGACUGGAUGAUCCUGGAGUUCUCUCAGCUGGGCUUUAUCGGGAAGAUGUUCCAAGCUCCAGACUUGAACCUCAUCGUCGAGUUCAUCUUCAUGUUCUACAAGGAGAAGCCUAUCGACUGGCUGCUGGACCACAUCCUCUGGGUCAAAGUCUGCAAUCCUGAAAAAGAUGCGAAGCACUGUGAGCGGCAGAAGUCCAGUCUGCGCGUGCGCUUCAGGCCUUCUCUAUUUCAGCACGUGGGACUUCAUUCCUCUCUCGCCGGAAAGAUCCAGAAACUUACCGACAAAGACUUCCUGAAGCCCCUGCUCCACAAGAUCCACGUUAACCCUCCAGCUGAAGUGUCUACUUCAAUGAAGGUGUACCAGGGCCACACGCUGGAAAAAACGUACCUAGGGGAGGACUUCUUCUGGGCCAUCACACCCACCACAGGCGACUAUGUUCUCUUCAAAUUUGACCGGGCUGUUAGCAUAGAGAGGUUCCUGUUUCGCAGUGGAAACCAGGAGCACCCGGGUGACAGGAUAGAAAACACAACUGUAGAAAUCCUGCCCUUAUCGGAGACGGGACUGCAGACCAAAGACAAAUACAGGCGAACUGAAGACCGCUUCUACAGAAUUGGUCAGUUUGAGAAGGGCGUGGCAGAAGGGGCUGUCGAUCCCUCCUUCAAUCCCAUAGUGGCACUGCGGCUCUCCGUCCUCAAAGACUCUGCUGUGUGGGCCAUUCUCAGCGAAAUCCAUAUAAAGAGGAUAGCAGGCUAACUGGCUAUCUGGGGGCCGCAUCAAUCACGGCCUCUGGGGCCCCGAAAUCGCCUGGACUGCUGAUGCAGGCCCUUUGUCGCCUAGCAACUGGCAGCGACGUCAUCAGAGCCCACUGAAGUUGCGCUGUGAGCUUGUCUGUUGAAUGCUGUCGCUUUCUUUUGUCUCUGCUACGGCGUCACUGUCUCCUUUUCCCUUUACCAUUUUCUAUUUCUGUUCUCUCAUCCGUUAUCCCCAGUGCCGUUUCCCUCCUCUGUGCAUCUCUUCCUCUAUGCUCUUAAUUCAUUUGGGUGAAUGUGAAUACUACUGUACCAAGAACAGCAACAGAGGAUCUGAAGAAAACUGCUCCCAGCUCAGGUUCUUAAAGUGGCUGUUGGUGUUGCCUGUCAGCUUUGGACACAAUCAAAAGAAACAUAGACGGUGGAUGGAUGAGUGGAUGGAUGGAUGGAUGGAUGGAUGGAUGGAUGGAUGGAUGGAUGGAUGGAUAGACGGGGACAAAUCAUCGCAUCUGGGAAGAACCAGCAACCUGGCAAAAGGUGUUUUACAUGCUACGUAAACCUUUUCUGUUCUAUGCUGCCACCUAUGGGCGAGCUGUGAUAUUGCACUGUUACUAACGCCACAGGAAAGAUGAAGACAGUUGUUACAACUAAUGGCAGUUUGCUCUCUGUUCUUUAUAGAAAUGUAGAAACUUGACUUUAACAGCUGGUCGAUAUUGGCAAAAGGAAAAAAAAAAGAAAACGUAGUCCCUCAUUCCUUGGAUAUUGUUAGACAAGCCUUGUCCUGAAAACAAGGCCAGUUGUGCCCGAGUCGUAACUGGCGGCAUUUGCUGACCGGACAAAAUUGACCCUGUGCCAGAUUCUUCAGUAACUACACCAGUCCAUCAAGAAACUAAUGAGAAGAAAACCUCAUCCGCCUCCCCCACUACGUCUGACAGAGAGCAUAUUUGACCUCUGUCCAUUUUUAGUGAACAAAUCAGACAUGGCCUUGCCGUCAGUUCUUGAAGGGAUUUAUUGUAAUACUGCUAUAUUGUUACAGCUAUGACGAUCUAUGAAGGUGACAUAAUUUAUUUGAAAUAAAUCUUUAAUUUGUACAAGAAGUAGAAAAAGAUAUAUUUUUAUUCUAUGAAGAAAUGUUUAUGCUAGUUAAGAGUAUGUAUUAGGUUUUGGGUUGGGGUUUUUUGUGCUUAUUUUUACAGCUACUUAGGAUUCGUUUUGUCUGCUGGUUCAGGUAGCUUAGUUUUAACUGCUGUUACAGUUUCCUAUCACCUCCAGUCAAACAUUGUAACUAAACUAAACUAUGAUUUACUUAAAAGUGUUCAAAGCUAAAUUGUUGGUUACAAAUGAGCUGAAAUCAGUUCUAGAUGAGUCUGCUCCCAAAUCUUGGAAAAACGAAUUGUGCCUUACAUCCAUAUCCUUUGGAAUUGCCUCAGUAGCAUUAUUCCAAUCAGUACCAUCUUACUUUUGCCUUCACCCCAUUGGCCGGGUGUAGUGAUAGUCGGUGAUGAUGUACAUGAUAUAUAAAUCACCUAAUCCGUCCAGUGGGUGAUGUGAUAAGUUGGCAACAAAACCCUUGGUGUCAUUCUUUCGUACAUCGCUGUAUGCUGAGAAAUGUUUCAUAAGACUUUGUGUUAGCAAAUAGGAGGUUUUAUUGUAUCAAAUCACCACUUGAAAUGCUGUGGUUUGCACUGAUUUUUCUUUCCCCAGAUUGUUUUAUGAAAUACCCCACCGUUCUUUAUUGUAAUUCUACUUCCCUUUCCUAGCGUAUAUAGACCUUCAGUGAGUCCUCUGAAUUCAUAUGAUGAUUUACUUGUCCAGUCGGAUCUCUGAUUGUGCCAGGAUGUUUUGACUACUGUACCUUUUUUCCAACAUGUGCCAUUUCAUUGCAUCAUGCUUGUCGGUAGACUGGUUUGACCAUAAGGUUGCAUUAGUACCUUCUCUGAUUGUACAUAUAAUAUGGAAAAGCAUUGAGCAUCGCCCAUCUCUCUCACUCUCUCAUUGCCCCAUGUUAUGAUUUUAUCAAGCUGUUUUACAUGAAGACAUAUGUUUUGUGCAGCCAUGUUGGGGGAGAAUUUUCAUUAUGGUCCCGAGUGGUUUGUGCAGGGGUGUGGAGGAAGUGCCUUUGGGUGGCAGAUUUUAUAGGGGUUGGUUUGGAAGUGGAUAUAUCCCAAAAAAGUUUAAUAUUAUGCUAAUGCUUAUUUAGAUAUUAAAUUGAUGGGGGGGGACUCUUAAUUUGAUCUGAAUCGCUCCCUUCACCCCCUAAUCAAACCAUUUAUGCAUUAGCUGUAUGGAACAGUUUGACCAUAGCUCCUUCUGUCUCUGCAUCCAGUAGUUUUGUUUCUUGGCAUUGGGAGACGAGAGAGAGCCAGUCAAGGGUCAAACAGGUUUUGAUGUGUUGGCUCCAGAUCGGUGCCCUGCAUUCAUAAACGAGACAACUUGAAUGCACAAACGACUGUGUGUGGCUGUCGUGUGACCACUGGUAAUCCCUCUCUGUAAAUGUUUUAUUGAAUAUGGAGUGAGAAGGAGAAAGGAACUCGACCCUUGCCUGAAGACCUUAUAUACGCACGCACACACAGAAACACAAACACACACACACACACACCAAUUCAUGUGCCUUCAUCACGUACAUGUGUAUGUCUGCCUCUGAUGAUUUUUGUCAUGGAUUUUCAUGGACAUCUUUGAAAUAAUAAACAGAGAUAGUUAAUGCAAAUCACAACCCAUUUCUGUGUCAUGCUU